AUGGCAUUAAAGAAGAAGGCUGAUACUCUCAUUUAUUUUUCGGCAAGCUUUUAUGAUUUUCCUAAUAAUAAUUAUUAUGAUGACAACACAACGUUUCCUCCAGAGUUACUUCCAGAACUUUAUAACUUAAAGACAUUAAAAUUCAAUACCCCCUUUUUUAGAAAAUUCGUAUACGAAGUUCAAUUGAAAAUGGCAUUCUAUAGUAACCUUGAAAUUCUUCAAUUAGAUUAUUCUUUCGGUACAAUCACUAGUAUCAUUAAAAAUAGCGGUGGGAAACUCAGGAAAAUUCUAACCAGUAAGCAAGCACUCUAUGACGAGAAUUUUUAUGAUGAUUCCCUUAAUUUCAUUAGUGCAGUCUACAAACACUGUCCCUUAGUUGAAUGUUUAUCACUCGGAUUCCCUUCAUCAGUAGAACAUUUCUUGGAAUUCGAAAAAUUACUAAAGGCUUGUCCAAAAUUGAAAGUGUUAAUAUUAGAAAUUGAAAGUACAAUUUAUUUGCUUGAAGGUUUAAGUACAAAAUACUGGAUGUUGCCAGGAGAAAGGGAAUUUAUAGAUGAAAAGUCACAUGAAAAAGGGAGGUUGACGUCGGGAGAAAAACUAUCAAAUGCAUUAAUUAGGUCCGCGCCAAUUACUCUAAGGGAGUUAAGAUUUUAUUCUAGUUUUAAAUUUUCGUUGAUAACCCUGGAAGAAUUUUUAGAAAAUUGGAGGGGUCGACCUGCGCUUACCAUUUAUACUUUAGAUCGUGUUUAUGAAACAGGAAAUUAUGUAAAAUUAAUUGAAAAAUACACGAAUGAAGGUGUGAUUGAAGACUUUAUUAAUGGUUCUGUACCUGUAGGAUAUAUAUAG